UUAAAUGUUUUGUAUUUAAUAUUUUAUCUAAUUUUUAAUAAUAAAUAUUAAAAAAUUUCAUUUUGAUAAAAUUGCAACGUUAUGGCAUAUAUCAGCGCAUUUAUCACAAAAUCUUUAUCAAUUCACGAUACCGUUAUUGUGCAAUAUUUGUACAAUGUAUCUGGGAUGUUAUCAAAUUUAAGACAAAUAUUUUGUUUUAAAGGGGUUUAUCUAAUAUGUAUAUCAACGCAUGCGUCAAACAUGUCUUUAUAUAAUAAACAAUUGGACCGGGAAAAGUGUCAGUGCAUCUGAACAAGAGCAACUGGGAAUUAUGCUGCUGAAACUUUUAAUUGCCUUGAUUUGUUUCGGCUUUGCUGUUCACGCCAAUAGAGAUGAGACUGCUCCAAGGGUCAAAACACCAUUGGGGGGCCUGAAAGGCUACUACAAAAUCUCGCACAAUGGAAGAAAAUUUGAGGCAUACGAAGGGAUCCCUUACGCAUUACCACCUAUUGGAAAAUUACGAUUUAAGCCUCCUCGACCAAUACCGGCAUGGAUUGGUGAGCUAUCGGCUACAACAUUUGGUUCCAUGUGUAUUCAAUAUAAUUACAAAACUUCGGAGAAGGUUGAGGGUGCCGAAGAUUGUUUGUAUUUAAACGUUUACGUACCAGCACAGGAAAGAGGGAGAAAUCAAAAUCUACUGCCAGUAUUAUUUUGGAUCCAUGGUGGAGCGUUCCAAGCUGAAAGCGGCAUGAUAGAGAAACCUACAUAUUUAAUGGAUCACGAUCUUAUAUUUGUUACAAUCAAUUAUCGAUUGGGACCAAUGGGAUUUCUUAGUACGGAAGAUGAAGUAGUUCCUGGCAACAUGGGCCUGAAGGAUCAAAAUAUGGCACUGCGUUGGGUAUCGGAGAACAUUGAAUGGUUUGGUGGCGAUCCGACGAAAGUGACAUUGUUCGGCUUGAGUGCGGGCGGUGCAAGUGUGCAUUAUCAUUACUUAUCGCAACUCAGCGCGGGUCUCUUCCGAGGUGGCAUAUCGUUCAGCGGUACAGCGUUUGAUUGUUGGGCCCAAACUGAAAACUCCUUUGAAAAAGCCAAGAAAUUAAGUGCUUUAAUGGGAUGCCCUACAACUACCUCUAGAGAUAUGAUACGUUGUAUGAGAUAUCGUCCAGCUCGAGCAAUCGUUCAGGCUACAAGUGAAUUUAUGCCAUUCUUAGGCAAUCCUUUCACUCCUUUCGGUCCAGUACCGGAGAGGUUUGGCGAUGAAGCACCUUUUAUCGACAGAACACCUGUUGAAAUCAUCAAUAGUGGAGACGUCCAGGAUGUACCUUGGGUUACGGGAGUAGUUAGUGAAGAAGGCCUUUAUCCCGUAGCUGAGUUUAUUACUAACGAUCAACAUCUGAAACAAUUGAACGACAAUUGGGAUAUCCUCGGGCCACACUUCCUUGAUUUUAACUAUACCAUUCCCAAAGGGGAACAUGUCGAAAUUGCUCGUCUCAUUAAAAAUCAUUACUUUGGUACAAAACCGAUAGAUCAACAGAGUACAAAAGAACUGAUACACAUGGCGAGUCAUCGUUUAUUUGUAGUCGACAGCGAGAAAGCUGCGCGAAUGCAAGCUAAAAUAAACCAGAAUCCAGUCUGGUACUAUUAUUUCAGUUAUAGAGGAGCGCAAAGUUUAAGCGAUAGUCUCAGCGGUACCACUGUGAAUUAUGGAGUCUCUCAUGCUGACGACGCAUAUUACGUGUUAGAUACGCCCUUUAUAGACCCAACAACAACGCAAAACGAUCGCGAUAUGCAAAAACAGUUAAUCGAUUUUUGGAUAUCCUUUGUCACCGAGGGAAUUCCAAAAAUAGGAAAUGUGGUAUGGUCACAAUUAGAUCCUUUAAAGAAAGAAUUUCAUUACUUGCACAUAGCUGGUCCUAAUCAAAUUAACAUGGAUAGCCAUGUUAAUCUUGGAGAGAAAGAAUUCUGGAAUUCGAUUAAUUUCAAUGAGAAUGUAUUAAAGCGUACAGCCGGAAUUAAUAGAGAGGAGCUUUAAAUAUCAUUGGAAUAUGAGACAUACAUUUUUUCUAAAUUAGAUUUAAGUUUUGCUUAAAAUAUUAUUUUAUUUUAAACGUAAAUUUAUAUUAAGUUCUAAACUCAAAUAUAUUUUUUAGCUUAUAUUAUUUUUAUUUUAUUUUGUGAAAUCAAUAAAUUUAUAAUUUGGUUUCAAAAUUUACAUUUUUGGACAGAUUUGCUAUUAUUUUAUAAAUGAAAUAAAAUACAAGCUUAAUU